AUGAUUACAAAUCUAGUUAAAUAUUUGGCAGGAAUGGCAGAUAUCGAAGUGGGAACGUUUCGAAUUUCUGUAAAUCAUCGGACCAGAUCGCUGGCGAGUACCCUGGUAGUACACGGAGGAAACGCAUCGUCUUGGACAGGCCACCGCAUAUCAGAGGAAGAGACUGUGCGCGUGUUUAAACAUCAGAAAAUCCCGAAGGAAUUGGAGCUGGUAGUACGGCACCAGUUGACUUUUCUUCUGCGUAAAACAGGAGCAAAAGGAGAGCAGAGGCGGGACGAGAAGAGCUGGAAAUUCGAAAAGACGACGCAGAGAACGCGGGUGUACCGACGUGUCGCAAGGUGUCGUAGAAUGCAGCGAUACGAAGCGCGGUGCUCGUCCGCGACGAGGCGAUGAGAAGGCUGAAUGGAGGCCGAGGAAGCCUCAGAGCCCCCUGGGGCUCCGACCAAUGUUCCCUCGUCAGAGUACAGCGAGA